CCAGAGGCCCCACACAGCAGGUGAGAUUCUCCUGCCCCAUCUCCUUGGGCUGCUCCUGGUUCAGACUCCUAAACUGAGGUGUCCUGCCCUCUGCCUGGGUGCCGGCCUUUUCUGUGCCUGCUGCCUGGAUCCCUGGCCUGCCUGGGCCUGCGCCUUGGUCCUCUCCCCAUGACACCACCUGGACAUCUCUACCUCCCAAGGGUGCAUGGCACCCCCCUCCACCUCCUCCUUCUGGGGCUGCUGCUGGCCCUGUUGCCUGGGACCCAGGGGCUCCCUGGUGUUGGCCUCAUACCUUCAGCUGCCCAGACUGCCCAGCAGCAGCCCCAGAAGCAUUUCACCCACAGCACUCUCAAACCUGCUGCUCACCUCAUUGGAGACCCCAGCAAGCAAGACUCACUACACUGGAAAGCGAACACAGAUUACGCCUUCCUCCAGCAUGGCUUCUCUUUGAGCAACAAUUCCCUCCUGGUCCCUGCCAGUGGGAUCUACUUCGUCUACUCCCAGGUGGUCUUCUCUGGAAAAGCCUGCCCCCCUGAAGCCACCCCCACCUCUUUCUACCUGGCCCACGAGAUCCAGCUCUUCUCCUCCCAGUAUCCCUUCCAGGUGCCUCUCCUCAGCUCCCAGAAGACCGUGUGCCCAGGGCCCCAGGGACCUUGGCUGCACUCUAUGUACCAUGGGGCUGCAUUCCUGCUCACCCAGGGAGACCAGCUGUCCACUCACACAGAGGGCGUCUCCCAUCUACUCCUCAGCCCCAGUAGUGUAUUCUUUGGAGCCUUUGCUCUAUAGAAUUUGGGAAAAUUCAGAAAGAAAAAAUAAUUGGUUUCAAGGCCUUCUCCCCAUUUUGCCUCCAUUCUGACUGUUUCAGGGGUCACCACCACCUCUCUUUUGAUCAUUUCAACAGUCUCAAGUCUUCCCCAUUCAAGUCACCUGGAGCUUUCAAAGAAAGAAUUCUGGGCACCCCAGGGAACCAACCUCCCUGACCCACCCCACCCUGGAUGUUCAACUGAAGAUUUCAAGACUGCCUAGAAAUUCCCAGCCCAGAGCUAUUUGUCCUACCAGUGAGGUGGGGCCUAGACCUGGACGGGAGGAGGAGCAGGCACGUGGAGGGAGGGUUGGGGGGACUAUUUAUGAAGGGGGAAAUUAAAUUAUUUAUUUAUGGAGAAUGGAGAAAGGGGAAUAAUAGACAUUUGAAGAGAGAAAGAAACAGGCCUGCGAGAUGAAGAGUGAGAGGGCAUCGGCACAAGGCUGACUGGAGAAGGAAAAGGU